AUGUGCUCGUUCGGCCUGAUUCUGACGCUGUUGUUCUGUACCCCUGUGACCGACAGCAGCGAGAUCGAGCGUAGCGACGGCAAGAUCCAGGCGGAGGUGGAGCACGUCAGGGACGCCGUGGCAGAGAAGGGCCGGGCGCUGGACGACGACCGGGAGAGGGUCCAGAAGGCCGCCCUCGCCGCGCUCGACAUCCUCGGUGGCGGCCGUGGCGACGUCUGA